AUGGAUGGAGCUGUUGCGUUCUGUCUAUGCAAGAAGCAGGCAGGAAUGGCUGUCAGCACGAUGGAGGCGGAGUUCGUGGAAGCGUCGCAGGGUGGUCGUGAGCUGCUGGGAUUAAUAGAGCUCUUCAACGAGUUGAAAAUGGCGAUGGUCGAGCCCAUGCCGAUUUAA